AUGGUCAAAAUGCGCUUUGCUCCUCUCAUCAUCUGCCUGGCGGCAAUAUCAUUUGCGGCCCCGACAACUUUCCUCGACAGUGCAUAUGACUGGAACGAUGAACUGGCAGAAUUCUAUGGAAAAGUGAGCCAGUACAUCAACUCUGCAAAGCACAACAUCAGAGCUUCGACUUGCGACGUCUCCAAGAUUGCUAUGCCCUCCUAUGCUUCGGGGUUGACCAGCCCGUCAGGCCUCAAGCCAAGAUAUGUUGCACUUGGACGGGGUACCCAGAACUAUACAUGUGCGGACUCUACUUCUAAAUCCGCACCCGCGGCAGUAGGGGCUGUUGCAAGACUCUACAAUGCCACAUGCAUCGCAGCCAACUACCCCGAUCUUUUGGCAAAGCUCCCAAAUCUUGCCUACAGGACCGCUCUACCAACUAACGAGUAUGCCUCGUUUCCUCCUGCCAACAUCGAACUGAUGGGUCACCAUUUCUUCUUUGAUGCAACAACCCCCGAGUUCAACCUGAACAUCACACCCCAAAAGCAGGAUGGGAUUGUGAUGACCAAGAAGGCAGGCGCUAUUGAUGCACCGUCAGAUGCCACGGUGGGCAACUACAAGAGUGUCUAUCGAGUCAACACUGCUGCUGGGUCACCACCAAAGACCUGCAAGGGCAUGCCACCCACGUUUGAAAUACAAUAUGCCGCAAACUACUACUUCUUUGGGGAGUAG